AUGAGAAACAAAAAUGAUCUUAUUAGCCUGGAGGAGCCCAGGGCAUUACCAGAAAUAUCUGAAGAUCAAAUUCAUUAUGUUUAUUCAUCCUCCCCAACCCCAUACCAAACCUAUCCGGAUGACGCCAAUUACAAUGAUAAUAAACAAAUCAUAGUGCACGAUCCAAAAGAUUUCGUUUCACUCUUACCUUUAUAUAAUGUGGUAGUAGAUAAUCUCUACGAAAGUAACGAUUAUCACGAAGAAUACGAAGAUUGCUAUCUUCGUCAGAGGGUCGAGAGAACUUACGCUUAUGAAUUCCCCGCCCGUUCAACAACCUCAACCCAGCCACACCAAGCUCCCGGAGCUGUCGCAGCAAACCCGAUAGAUCAAUUACUGCAGAGUAUGAAUAACCUCAUACUUGCCAUGGGAAAUACUACGAAUCAACUCUGGGAAGCUAAAGUGAUCAAGUUCCCAAUAUUUAAUGGUGGUGAUCAAGACCCUCUUGUGUGGCUAAAUGAAUUCGAUGAACGGCAUACACUUGGUGGAGAGGCAGAGCCCGUAACGUUUGGGCCUGAAAUGACUAAGGCCUUAAAGAAAGCAAAAGCUGCUGAAGCCGCAUAUUCUCGAAGAGGCCCCUUAAGCUCAUACUCCUUAAAGAGAAGUUAUCUAAGUCGUGAAGGCCCUGGUAAUGAAGAGAUUGGGAAGUUAAAAAAGGCUAUCACAGAAAUGGCACAGAAUAUGAAAAUGCUAGCACAAAAACAAAAUGAAAAUAAGAAAAUGGCCCCUAGCACCUCAUCCAACCCACCUCAAAAAACACCCACACAACCACGUUCCAUCCAAUCUGACAUUCUUUGUUGGCAAUGUGGAGGCCGAGGUCACAUUGCCAGGGAAUGUUCUACAAAGGGACCCUCCAAUAACAACAAUGGAGGAACCAAGCAAAAUCAUCACAAGAAUGGACAGGGGAGUGAUAACAGAACUCACUGGAGCUAUUGGAACCACCCUCCGCAAGCAUUUAAAUACCUAAAGGCAACUUCUCACGAGGGUGAGGGUACCGAUGAAAUAAGUUCAGUAGAUCCCUCUAGUAAUAGUGUAUCAUUAAUCUUCAAUAAUAGAAUAGAGGCGCAGGACGCUAUUCAACAACCUAUAGAAGUAACAUAUUGUGAGGCUGCUGUAGAACAGUAUCCCAUUUACCUAAUAUUAGACACAGGAUCGAGCAGAAGUUUAGUUUUGCAUGAAUUUCUAAAAAGAAUUGGUAAGGACAUUAAUAAACUAUCAACCCAGAACUUGGUUGAUGUAUAUGAGCAAAGAAAACACCUACUAGGUGUUGUGGAAGAUUUACCUAUUGAAAUAAAUAGAAUCAAAAUACCUAUCAACAUAGAGGUAACAGAAGCAUGGGAUUACACAGUAAUUGUAGGAAUGGAUUGGUUAGCGAAAGUGAAAAGAAAGAUAGAUUUAAAACAUGGGUUUUUAGAAUAUGAGUGGAAAGAUGAAAGGAAUAAAAUACCCAUUACAUGUUGGAAGAAAAUGGCUCAUGUCUUAGGAAAACCAGUACCCCUAGAUAAUAAGAGUAAAGAUGAGGAAGUCGUUAAUAAAGAGGAGGCAGAUAAAUAUGAAUCCAAUACAGCAGAGGAGGAAAGAAGUUAUAUCGUUCAAGAAGAUAAAGAUAAGUUAUCUAUUAUAGAAAUAAAGAAGGACUAUGUCAGUAUAGAAGGGAAAGAAAAAGAACCAGAUACUAGGUGUUGUUGUGAAAAGCAAUUAACUCACACAGAGGAUAGUUGCUUUGAGUGCCGAGAAUUAUCAGUUGGAAUGAAAACAUUAGAAUGCCUGGUUGAUGAUUUAAAUAAGGAAUUAGAGAUACCUAAAAAGACCUAG